AUGUCUGCAUUGCCCCUGCUGAGUCGCCAACAUCCCAAAUGGGACAGGCACGAGAGCCUCAUGGAAGGCCAGGCACGGUUCUCGCGGGAGGAGCUCGAUCGGGGGCGGGGCCAGCGCGUACGCGCGGCUCAGACUCCGCCCUUUCCCCCGCCCUCACGCCGACAGGGACUCAGCAGCAUCCCCUCCCCGGAGCAGGUCGCGCAGCUGCAAGAGACGCGGCUUCGGGGCCGUGACUACGCGGGAGUUGGGACCCUCUGCAACGCCGCCGAUGACUUUCCCGGAGCUGAGAUCUGGUCCUCUCCCGAGAGUGGAGGUGGCUGGCCUCCGCUCGGCUGCAGCUCGGGUCUGGGAAUGAGAAUGAAGACAAGCCUAUUCAAGAGGAAGAGCCCAGUGAUGGAGAAUAUCAAGGACUAUUUCCAAGAACAGUGCCAUCAGUUUAUAGGCUCAGAGUCUCAAGAAACACCUUCAGAUGACAUUGCCCAGAAUCUUAAAUUAGAGAAAUCUCAAAAUAAUCCCUUGAGAAUUAGGGGCUGGGGAGAGAGGCCCUACAAGUGUGGAACUUGUGGAAGAGGUUUUGCUCAGAGCACCCUCAUCCAGCUCUGGUGGGUUCACUGGUGAGCGGCCCUGUCGCUGUCCUCAGUGUGGCAAGACCUUCUGUGGAGGCUCCAACCACAUUAAGCACCAGCAAAUCCACUGGAGAGAAGCCAUGUAUCUGUGGGGAGUGUGACAAGGGCCUUACAGUCACCUCCCUGCUCCUGGCUCACCAAGGGGUACAUACUGGCUAAAGCCCUAUGUCUGUUCCCAGUGUGAGAAGGCUUUGGGGGAUGGGUCAAAGUUGAUAAACCACCGAGGAGUCACAGAGGGGAGCAUCCCUUCUGCUGUCCCAACUGUGGUGAUAGCUUUAGUCAGAAGACCUUCCUCACCCAGCACAUCUGCUUGCAUGCAGGGGAGAAGACUUACAGAUGCUCUCAGGGGACUGGCCUGAGUGUGUCCACGGUGCCAGGAGGGCUUCCAGGAGGCCUGGAAGUUGACCAGGCCCCACAGACCAACCACCUGGCAGUGCAGGCAGCUGGGGACAAUGAGGCCCAGCAGCUCUACAAGUGUGGGAACUCAAACCCACACCCAAGAGAAACUCUACCAGGUUCUCCAGUGGGUAAGGCCUUCAGCCAGAGGUCCAACCUGGCCAGACACCAGAGAACCCACAUGGUACAGACCUAG